ACCAUUUCUAUAGGAAAUCUCAAACUAAAGUAAAAUACCAGUCCAAGUUUGUGUGUGUACAUAUAAAUAUACAACUGACUUGUGAUUCAGUACCAAACAUUUCGAGACAAAGUCAAGUUGAAAGAAACUUUGAAUAAUGAAGAGCAUUAUUUUAGUUUUAGCAAUAACAGCAGCCGCAUCAUCUCUGCCGAUUGAUAUAAUUCAAGAUGAAAAUGAUCAAGAAUAUUUGGUGAUUCCACUCGAAAGACAAAAAAGAGACUUGACAUGGGGUGCAAAUCAAAAUGGUUAUUCGUUAGGACAAAAAGGUACGCUUUGGAGUAAUAGUCAUCACCAAGUCGAUGGUGAAUACGGUGCAUCAAAGGCUUGGAAUUCACACGGACUUAAACCUGACUCGUACAGAGGCGAAUUGGAUUACUCCCAUAAACCUUCGGGCUCCACAGCUUUUUUUGCUGCUAAUAGAACUCCAGGCUAUGGCACUGAUGGAGCUGCUGGAUUGAAAUACAGCAUAGCUCAAGGAAAAAAUUAUAAUGUAGAUCUAACAGGUCAAUACACACGGCAUUAUGGAGGACCUGGUGGUACAGGUAAGCCCGAAGGGCAAGUGCUUUUAACAGGGGAAUACAGGUUUCCAUAAUGAUAGAUUCUUAAUUUAAUAUUUUUCUUUAAUUAUUAAAUAUUAAAAAUAAUAUAUAAAAUGUAGUGUUUCAUUCAAUUGAGUAUCUAACGAUAAAUUAUGAGAAAAAAUCCUGAUUGUUACCUCCAUCCGUGGUAUUUUAUAACUUACAAUUUUUUUCUUGGAGAUUUGAAUUUUAGAUCAGUGAAUUAUGAGAGCGAUAUUGAUGAAAGUACUCAAAAUUCAUAAAUACAUAUUUGCUGGAAUCUAAAAAUGGAAAAUAAUGAAACUGCUGGACUGAAAUUUUAUUGAAAUAUGUUCUGUUAAUCAAAAUAUAUCCAGUUUUUUUUUUAAUUUAACGUCCUGUAUCCCACACAGGAGCAAAUUUAAUCUUUUGAGCGUAUACUUGCAUAUUGACUGCUUAUUUAUGAAUCACUUUGUACACUGCCCAGAAUAAAAUUAGGAUAAUCCUGUAAUUUGGAGUUAUUCUAGAAUUUUUUUUUUAUUUUUUGUUAGUUGUAACUGAUUGCUUGAAAAAAUAAAAAGUUUUUAUUGUUUU